AUGUCUACGAGUGAUCCUAAGGAUGAGACUAGCCCUGUGCCGAAAGACCUACCAAUUUACCGCCAGAAAGGACGUGGCCUUGGUGUGGCCUUCAGGAACAUAACCGUUCAGGGCCGUUCCGGCAGUCAACGGACAGUUCUCGACCUCCCCCAAAUCCUCUUCGAGGUUAUUAAGGCCCCAUAUCAGACAGUACGCCAUAGGAUUGGUAACAAACCCGUUCCAAAACGCAAUCUUAUUCAAGAUGUCUCCGGCGUUCUGUUUCCCGGAGAAACAAUGAUUGUCCUCGGACGGCCAGGCUCAGGGUGUACGACACUAUUGAAAGUAAUCGCAAAUAACCGCAAUUCGUUUAUGGCGGUCAAUGGAGAUGUACAAUAUGCUGGUAUCCCAGCUCGGGACAUGACUGGUGCACUGAAGUCUGAGAUUAUCUACAGUUCUGAGGACGACCUACACUUCCCAACCCUCCCGGUUAAAGAUACCUUGGACUUUGCUUUGAAGCUGCGACGGCCCAAAGAUUACCCAAUGGAAGAUGGUCAAUUCUCGUCUGACUAUACCAAACGAUUGCUGGGCUCACUUGGGAUGCUCCACACGUCAAAUACUAUCGUAGGAGACUCGUUCACUCGAGGCGUUUCAGGUGGAGAGCGCCGCCGUGUUUCCUUGGCAGAGUCUAUGGCCGUUAAUCCCGCUCUGGCAUGCUGGGAUAACCCGAUUCGCGGCCUUGAUAGUUCAUCAGCGUUGGAUUUCCUUGCAUUGCUCAAAGAAAUGUCUGGGGUGACAGGAAUGAAUAAUGUGGUUACUUUAUACCAAGCAUCAGAAGCCAUGUACCGGAACUGUUUUGACAGAGUCAUACUUAUGUAUGAUGGUCUGAUGAUCUUCAGUGGAAAGGCUGGAGAGGCAAAGCAGUAUUUUCACGACCUGGGAUUCCAUUGCGCGGAUCGACAAACAACCCCAGACUUUCUAACGUCUAUUACUUCCCCCGCUGAACGAACUAUUCGAGAGGGCUACUCCGGCCCUCUAUAUCUUGAAGCGAAGUCCCUCGAACAGGCUUUCAGACAGAGUCCGUAUUAUACUCGGUUGCAAGCGGAACUGACUCAAUAUUCAGAUCAGAUACAGUCAAAUACAGAAGUCCAACGCCAGUUUCGACAAAGCGCAUUGGAGAUUCGUUCCAAGAUGACCACAAAGCGCGCUGUAGAGAUUUCAUCUCUCUGGAAGCAAGUCACAGAGGGGACUCAGAGAUACUACAGACUAUUUUGGGGUGACCGCAAUACCUUUUAUACCAUCCUGGCUCUAUGUAUUGUGAACGCUGUCAUCACUGGAUCGGGAUUCUACGCAGCUCCGAAGACUGCUUCAGGAUCCUUCGAGAGAAGUGGAGCUCUUUUCUUUGCUCUUGCCUACUUUUGUUUGAACGCUUUGACGGAGGUAGUCAAGACGGUGAAUGCACGAUCUAUCUUACUCAAGCAGCAUAACCUGGGCCUAAUAAGCCCUACUGCAUAUGCCAUUAUUCAGACGGUUGCUGAUAUCCCUAUCGCUUUUAUCCAAACGGCUGUCUUUUCCUGCUGUUAUUAUUUUAUUAUUGGACUGAGUGAAUCAGCAUCUCAAUUCUUCAUUUUUCUCUUACUUGUAUUUGUGCACUACUGCGCUAUUGGAAGUAUGUUUCGGAUGUUAGGCUCAUGGGCUCCCAGCCUGAGUAUAUCACAUCUUUUGGCCGGAUGUGCUCUACCAGUGGCUUGUCUCUACUCUGGAUACGCCCCUCCAGUGCCGACAAUGCAUCGCUGGGGCUCAUGGAUUCGACGCAUCUCACCUACUCCCUAUGCCAUGGAGGCGCUGAUGGGAAAUGAAUUCUAUAAUAUCGAUCUUCACUGCACAGACUCUCAGUUGAUCCCCUCGGGCCCUGAGUAUGACGAUAUCCGCUACCAGGCGUGUCCCAUGGCAGGCGCACAUCAGGGGUCAGCUUUAGUGAACGGUGCAACAUACGCACAAGCAAUGUAUGGCUUUUCUAGGGAACACCUCUGGAGAAACUUUGGUAUUGUUCUGGUGAUGUGGUUCCUUUACACAGUUAUCGGAGCAGUGGGACUUACCGUCAUGACGCGGGAUAGCAGCAGCGCUGCAGGCCAUGUAUACAAGCGGAAUGCCCAGUAUCCUCAGGAUGAACAGUUGAAUGUGGGUCUGGUAAGCGAUGUCGAAAAGCAACCAAUAUCACCAACGGCGAGAGAUGAUGGCUGGAAGCGGAAUGAGGCAAGCACGUCCGAAUUAACUAUUACGGAUGUCGACGAGGCGGUGCAAGCCGACCAGAAGGAAGACCUUUCACCUAGGAGCGUUACCUUCACGUUCAACAAACUUAGUUAUUACGUGAACGUGGGAGGUGGGGAGAAGCAAUUGCUUUGCGAGAUUUCCGGAUACGUCAAACCUGGACAGCUUACUGCGUUGAUGGGUGCAUCGGGUGCUGGAAAGACCACACUGUUGGACAACCUCUCCCGUAGAAAGACCGACGGACGCGUUGAGGGCGAGAUUCUGCUGAAUGGUGCUCCCCUAAGUACAUCAUUUUCACGGUCCUGUGGUUUCUGCAUGCAGCAAGACAUUCAUGAGCCCACCGCGACAGUUCGAGAAGCAUUACAAUUCUCAGCCUACCUACGCCAGCCGGCUCAUAUCUCCAAAGAAGAGAAGAUGCAAUAUGUUGAGCACGUUAUCGCUCUCCUCGAGCUUGAGGGUAUUGCGGAUGCAUUGAUUGGGGCAGUCGGGGAUGGUCAAUUGAAUGUGGAGGAACGGAAACGGGUCACAAUUGGCGUUGAACUUGCAGCAAAGCCAUCGGCGCUCUUAUUCCUUGAUGAGCCCACAUCUGGUCUCGAUAGCCAGGCAGCGUAUUCGAUCGUUUCUUUCCUCCGGAGAAUUGCUGCUGAGGGAAUCCCAAUCGUUUGUACGAUCCACCAGCCUUCUGGUGUCCUUUUCGAGAUGUUCGAUCACGUUAUUUUGCUCGCUCCAGGUGGUCGGACAGUGUAUUUCGGAGAAACAGGCAAGAAUGCAUCCGCCGUGGCCGCAUACUUUGCGAGGCACGGUGCCGUGAUGCACGCAGAGGAGAAUCCAGCGGAGUUCAUCAUUUCCACCAUCGCAGCAAAAGGAGACGACAACAAGGACUGGCCUGAGAUCUGGAACAGAUCCCCUGAGUGCCAUGCCUUGCACCAAGCGGUUCAAGCGUUAAACCAACGUUCCCCCGUUAGUGAUAACGCCAUGACGGCCGUUAAUGAACGACCAUACGCAUUGAGUCUUCCAGCCCAGAUUGUGGCCCUUACCCAGCGCCACUGGAUCGCCAUCUGGAGGAAUGGACAAUAUAACUUUAGCCGGCUAUUCAAAUCCAUCUUCUUUCAGAUGUUUGUCUCAUUCACCUUCUUCCACGUCAACAAGAGCAGUCCUGGAUUGAAAAACCACAUGCUGGGUAUCUUGCUCUCAACCUGGGUUGUUCCUACGAUCUCUGCCGAUAUGCAGGCCAUCUGGUACGAAAAAUGGUCGAUCUUCGAGGCGCGGGAACGCAAUGGGAUCUAUGACUACAAGGCUCUCUUGUCGGCGUUGUUCCUAGUAGAGAUCCCCUGUCAGAUUAUCAUCUUCACGUUUAUCUUCAUUGUGUCCUACUGGACCUUUGGAUUCGCCAGUACUCCCAGUAUUGCUGGAUUUAUCUACUUCAUGUAUCUCCUGUUUGCUUUCUUCGGCCUUGGAUUCACCUAUCUCAUGGCUGCUUUAUUUCCGAACCCGACCAUGGCCGGUUAUGCGAUGUCAUUAUUUUGGGUCAUUCUUCUCAUGUUCUCUGGAGCCGCUAAUCCGCGCAGUGGGCUGAACGAUUUCUAUCGCCCCUGGCUAUUCUGGGCUGACCCCAUGACCUACUUCUUCGAACCGACUGUGUCCACGGUGCUUCAUGGGAUCCAGGCCCAAUGUGCUCCACAGGAUAUGGCUGUGUUCGAUCCUCCUUCAGGCCAAAGCUGUAUGGAUUAUGUAGCAGCAUAUUUGGAUGGAAAUCCAGGAUACCUGGCUAACCCCAACGCCACGCAGAACUGUAACUUCUGCCCGUAUUCAACGGGAGAUGACUUAGCCAGAUCCCUCCAUUUCUUCUACGGGAGUCGGUGGCGGGACUGGGCAGUGUUUCUCGGAUUUGGCUUGACAAAUACUUUGCUCACUUUCCUGGCGACCUGGAUUAUUCGCGUCAAGAUUCGGCAGUGGAGAAAGUAA